GGAAGCUGUCAGGACUCCCUCUCCCUGAGCAGGUGAGCCCGCCCAGGUGUCCCCGGCGCAGGCGGAGCGCAAGGACCAGGAGGCAGACACGGCCCGGACACCCCACAAGGCCAGCGGCGCCCUGAGGCCCCAAGACCCCAGGCGGGGAGAGGGGGCCCCCAGCUCCGCGUCCCCGGACCCCGCGAUGGCGGGCGAGGCCCGGGCCGGUGGGGACGCGGCGCUGCGCCGCCUGCUGAGGCUGCACCGCACGGAGAUCGCGGUGGCCGUGGACAGCGCCUUCCCGCUGCUGCACGCGCUGGCCGACCACGACGUGGUCCCCGAGGACAAGUUCCAGGAGACUCUGCGCCUGAAGGAGAAGGAGGGCUGUCCACAGGCCUUCCACGCGCUCCUCUCGUGGCUCCUGACCCAGGACGCCGGCGCCAUCCUGGACUUCUGGAGGGUUCUUUUCAAGGACUACAACCUGGAGAGAUACGCCCGGCUGCAGCCCAUCCUGGACACCUUCCCCAAAGAUGUGGACCUCAGCCAGCCCCGGAAGGGGAGGAGGCCCCCGGCUGGUCCCAAGGCCACUGUGCUGCUGCCCAGGCCCCCCACCAAGAGGAAGGCACUCGAGGACCCGCGGACUGCUCCACCAGCAGCCCCGUCCCCAAGGGGCACCUCCAGUCCAGCCAACACAGGCUCCCAAACCAAGGCCAAGCCCGCCAAGAAGCCUGAGAGCAAUGCAGAACCACAGCGCCUCCCGCUGGGCAACGGAAUUCAGACCAUGUCCACUUCGGUCCAGAGAGCCAUGGCUGUGUCCUCUGGGGACGUCCCAGGAGCCCGCGGGGCCGUGGAGGGGAUCCUUAUCCAGCAAGUGUUUGAGUCAGGUGGCUCCAAGAAGUGCAUCCAGGUUGGGGGGGAGUUUUACACGCCCAACAAGUUUGAAGACCCCACUGGGGGAAAGAACAAGACCCGCAGCAGCAGCCUGAAGACCCUGGUCAGAGCCAAGGGGACCCAGGCCCCUGCCCCUGGUGGAGGUGACUCCAGGGCUAGCCCACGGGACAGGGCCCCAGCCCCUCCUGCCCUCCCCAGCGAGCCCCAGCUGCACCAGAAGAAUGAGGACGAGUGUGCGGCCUGCCGGGAUGGCGGGGAGCUGCUCUGUUGUGAUGGCUGCCCCCGUGCCUUCCACCUGGCCUGCCUGACCCCGCCGCUCAGCGAGAUCCCCAGUGGGACCUGGAGGUGCUCCAACUGCGUCCAGGGAACAACAGCCCAGCGGGACCUGCCCCGGGCAGAGCAAUCCCGGCCCCAGGAGCUGCCCGCAGAGACCCCGGCCUUCCUGGGUCUGAGGUCAGGGGAAGAGGCGAGGGCACUGCCCACGGGGCUGCCCCCUGGGACGGACGCUGCGGUCACCUACAAGCACCUGCUGGCCCCGCCCUCUGUAGCUCCCCUGCCCGUGCUCGACCCCUCUGCCCUGCGCCCCCUACUGUGCGUGGGCCCUGAGGGGCAGCAGGGCCCGGUGCCCGGCGCGCGCUGCGGGGUGUGCGGGGACGGCGCGGACGCGCUGCGGUGUGCACACUGCGCGGCCGCCUUCCACUGGCGCUGCCACUUCCCCGGCUGCGCCACUCGGCCUGGGGCCGCCCUGCGCUGCAGAGCCUGCUCAGGAGACACCGCCCCGGCCCCUGGGGAGGGGGCGCCUGCCGCGAGCCCCGCCCGCCCGGCUCCCGCGACCCCCAAGCUCACCGCCGGCGCCGUCGGCCCUGGGGCGCAGGCGGGGGACGAUUCUGCUGGUCAUGAGCCGGUUCUACACAGGGAUGACCUGGAGUCCCUCCUGAGUGAGCACUCCUUUGACGGCAUCCUGCAGUGGGCCAUCCAGAGCAUGUCCCGCCCACUGGCUGAGGCACCCACCUUCCCCUCCUGAUCUGGAUGCUGGGCUGACCCAGACUGGGCUGCAGGCAGCAUGGGAAGGGGAGAGAAGGCACCUGUGGACUCUGCCGGAGCAGACUUCACACUUGCGACCACCAGCUCUGACAGGGAUCGAGGGAAAGGUUAGGGCCAGGAUCUGAGAUGUUCCACGUGCCAUCAACACUCAGCUGAUCAGCACCCUGUCUGAAAGUAAAGUCAUUUCUGUGUGCCCGACAUGA